UUUUUUUCCUAUACUGACAACCAUCCAAAGAGAGUGUCACUUAAAAACUACACAUUUUUUCUCCUUCUUUGAGCCUUUAUCUUCUCCACAGAGAGCAAAUUCACAACCGCCAUUGCAAAAUUUCGACGCAAUUUCAGGUCGAGUAUGAAGAAGAGUACGGUGUCGCCGACGACUGUACUAUUCGCUGUUGCCGCAAUACUAAUUUCUUACUAUUCCAAUGUCUCAUCGGCAAAAUCAGAUUCAGACCCAACGCCGGCCCCAUGGCCUCAUCAAUUCCACUCGAUGCUGUUCGUCAAUUUCAGCGGAUCUCUAAGCCUAAUCGAUCUCUGGUACGAUUGGACCAAUGGCCGCAAUUUCAACAUCAUACAAGACCAGCUAGGUGAGCUUCUCUAUGAUCUCGAAUGGAACAAUGGCACUGUGUUCCGCUACACUCUAGACGAUGAUAAGAAGAAAUGCAGUGCAGCGCAGAUUGAUGUUGGUAUUCUUCGACCAAAUUGGCUUGACGGAGCUACUUAUCUUGGUCAACAGUUCAUCGAUGGAUUUCACUGUAAUGUAUGGCAGAAGGUGGAUUUCAUAUGGUAUUAUGAAGACAUCAUCACAAAGAGACCCGUCCAUUGGGUUUUCUAUACUGGAAGGUCUCUUCACGUAAUGACUUUCGAAGUGGGAGCAGUUCUCAAGGACAUAAAAUGGCAAGCCCCUGUAUAUUGUUUCGACAAAAAACAGGUUCAAGAUCACCCUGCAUCAGACAACGAUAUUCUGGAAAUUGGCUCGAAAGGUACUUUAAGAGAGUUCAUAUAGCCGCGCAAUUUAUGUAAAUAGCUCAGCUAGAUGUUCUUAGUAAUGUAAAAGUAUUUGCCUUGUUUUGCUGCCUCUGCAUCAGUUUCAUCUCCUUAUGUAUUGAAAAACAGUUAAUGCCAUCAGUGUUGUGUAUUGCAAUAACCUAUGUUGCUCGAACUGUUCAUAAAUGGUGAUGGGGUAUGUCGGAUCCUCCAAAAGUUGUACAAUUUUAGAGGAUCUUGCACAUAUGUGACAACAUUUUUGAAAAGUUCGAGCAACAUAGAUAAUAACCAGUCGUGUAUUCGGCGGGAAAUAAAGUAAAGGGAUAGUUGAAAGAGAUUAAAA